CCACCUACUGCCACCUGUCGCUGCCUCUCGGAAGUAACCGAGUGCCGACGGUGCCGAUCAUGUGACGCCUCCUGGGGAACGACCCUGGACGCGUUGGCGGUGGUCGACUGUUCUUUGAGGUUAUCGUCACUUGGAAACGCGAUUAUCAUAAGCAAUGGGCAGGGCAUGUUGCAUCUUAGGAUGUCCCUCGGGAGGAGAUGCUCCAUCUCAUCAGAUCCCCAAGAAUCCAGCUCUCUUCCAGAAAUGGAAAAGCCUGAUUUAUUCCGAGAAAAUCCAACAUAUGACUGAUGAGCAGAUAAGCAAAUGUGCAGUGUGCUAUCGGCAUUUUGCCGACAAUGACUAUCUAGUAACCUUCAGAGUAAGAAAGUUGAAACGUGGCGUUGCACCUUCCUUAAACUUGCCAAACAGAUCAGAUUCUAGUGUACCUAUUAUGAUUAAAAUAGAACCGCAAACAUUGGCAGCGAGUAGAGAAAUGUUUACUGUGAAAAAAGAGACAGAGGUGACAGAAAUUCCAAGAAUAAUGGAAGAAUCAGAAAUAACUCAAAUUACAUUAUUCGAAGAUACUCCGGAGAAAAUUAAAUCUUGCUCGUUCAACCAGCCACAAAUUUUAUUAGACACGAAUACUGAGCAAACUAAUUCAACAGCAGAAACAUUUAAAUUAAAUCAUAGGAAAAAGACGUCGAGAAGGAAACGAAAAUUAACUGCGAAACAAUUACUUCUGCUUCAAUGUAAACAACAAGCCAAGCAAUAUGAAAAAACACCUACGAUACAAAAGUUACUAUCUUUUCUCACGUCUGCUGAAAUAGCAGCUAUUAAAACUAAAAUACGAAAAUCAAGAUAUUCCCCAAGAAUUUAUGUAAGAAUAUAUCACAAUAUUGCACAAAGGAAAGCUUUUGGUCAGUUAAAGCUCUUCAAAAAUUAAUAAUUUAUCACAAAUCUCAAAGGCGAGAAUGGAAAAUCAGGACAUGAAAUUCUUCUGCUUUGGAACGUCAUGAGAAGCAAAUCAUACCAUAUAUGAAUUUAUCACUUAUGAAUUUAUACUAGC